AUGGGCAAAGGGUUCCAGUUCAUAGACUCGACCAAGACCGAUAGGGUCACCAGGAGACUGGUUCGAAGUCAUGCCAUGAAGGGCAAGAAUGUCGGCAAGGUGCUUCACCGUCGAUCAAGGCUGGAGUUAGAUUUACAUGCACCCCGGCCGUCCAAGAAAGCAUGCACAUCCACUGCCUGUAACCUUCUCCCCCAGCAGGGACAGCAACCCACCAGCGCCAGCACCAGCACUGGCAGACCGAGUAGCACCAAGAGUAGGAGCAAGAGUCCAGAAGAGACUCCUAGUCCCAGUGACGGCUCGAGCUCCACGGGAAGCAGCAGCUACAUCACCACUCCAGCUUCGAGUGUCACCGAUAUUACCAGCAACGACUUCCUCUUCCUCGACGAUCUGGACAACCUUGACUGGUUGGCCGACAUCGAGAACCACGAUAUUGAUGGUUACAUUGCGGAUACCCUCACCUCUCCGCCGGUGGACAUGUCGUUCCCAGGGCAGCAAGUACAACAGUCGUCGCUUAUUCUCCAAGCACACACCCAGAAACCGCUUAGCCCGACACUGGGAGCACGAGACAGCCUAUUCACCCUUGCCUUCCCCGUUCAGGCAACCCCACAAAGUCAAUAUGUCAUCAGCCAAUUUUUCGGCAUUGUCAUCGAUGCACUAUACCCUCCCCAACUGGUCCGAGGUGCUGCGAAGGCUUAUGAUUAUUGGAUUGGCACUCUCUUCCAGGACAGGACCUCUUUCCAUUGCGCCAUAGCCCUAAUGGCUGCCCUCAGUGACUUUUUCUUUGGUGAUCAAGCCCUGACACCAGACGCCAUCUACCAUCUGAGCCAGGCCAUCCACAUGGUCAACCAGACUCUGGAGACUAACGGCGCCUUGUCCGAGUCCAACCUCGCCGUUGUCAACUUUCUUGUCAUCCAAGAGCUGUUGAGAGACCCAUUCAAGUCCAAGGCCGAAGUCCACUUAAAGGGUCUCCAAAGAAUGCUAGAGCUACGUGGUGGGUUGAACUCACUGGGGGAGGACAAUCCUCUCGGUAUCAAAAUAAGCAAAACAGCAGUAGACUAUGCCCUCCACCGCGGCACCCCCAUCCCCGCCCCGUUCUACCGGGACCGCAUGUCUUCCAUCCGCGCCCGUCUGCUUUCCGAAGGCUUCAUCCUUUCUUCCCCUCCCUCCCCACUUUUCUCCUUCUUCUCUCCCCUCUCACCACCAUCAUCGUCAUCAUCCCUGUCGGGUUCCGGUAGCCUCUGCAGCGUCCAACAACAGAUGCAAAUUCACCCCUUCCUCUCGCAGAUCCUCUCCGACGUCCUGUCCAUCACCACCCUCCUCAACUCCCCCUUUCUCAACUUUCGUUUCGAACCACACACCCUCCAAGAAUUCCUCGUGUCGGUGGGGUGCCGUUUGAUUCGCUUUCGGCCGCUGUCUUAUUACCAAACCCAAACCCAAACCCCCAAGAAAGGAAAACGACCACCACCACCACUUCCAUCAACAACGCAAAAAUCCCGUAUAGAAUCAGCCAUCCACCUUGGUCUGAUCGCUUUAACCACCACGCUCUUCCUGCAAUUCGGUCGUCGUCGCUUCUUGCGCUACGAACUGGUAAAAGACUGCAUGACCAAGUUGAUAUCCGAGUGGGAUUACUGCUCCUCAUCUUCUUCUUCUUCUCCUGCAGAAAAUGUCGAAAACCAAACCCUUCUCUGGCUCCUCCACAUAGGCGGCAUCUCGGUGCUAGCGGGGCCAGAAGAACAAAAGUGGUUGGCGCCCAAGGUGCAGGAGUUGGCGUGGGGGGUCAUGGGGAUCUUGGACUGGGAGGGAUCGGGAUCAUCUGCUGGGGGCAUCAAGGAGUGUUUGUUGCGGUUUCCUUGGGUCGAUUCGUUGCAUAGUGAGCCGGGUAAGGCGAUGUGGGAUUCUUUGGGGGUUAUGGGGAUGGUGAUUGUCUGA